UAGUUUAGUUCCCAUUUGGUUACAGCCAUCGGAGAGCUCUGAAGGCACCGGUGAGUCAUAAUACCAGUGACGGCUUUGCAGAACCAACUCCGAAAAAGCGAUUCCAAAUCAAUCAGUGGAUGAAACGAAGAAUCACAGAUUUCUGAAAUGGCGACACCAUUUAUAGCGGGGGUUGCGGUAGCGGCGACUGCACUUGCUGGGCGAUAUGGAAUCCAAGCAUGGCAAGCAUUCAAGGCAAGACCACCAAGGCCCAGAAUUAAGAAAUUCUAUGAUGGCGGUUUCCAACCUACAAUGACGAAAAGGGAAGCUGCUCUUAUUCUUGGCAUCAGGGAGAAUGUACCGGCAGAGAAGGUGAAGGAAGCACACAGGAAGGUAAUGGUUGCAAACCAUCCAGAUGCAGGUGGUAGUCAUUUCCUAGCCUCUAAGAUCAAUGAAGCUAAAGACGUAAUGCUCGGCAAAACUAAAAACAGUGGAUCCGCAUUUUAAGCUUAAGCAAAGAGGACUCCAUAUAAUCCAUCUCUGUCUCUUCUAUUUUGUUAUAGAACUGCAUUGUUAAAAGUUGAGAUUUGUGUGCUAAAUUAUAGUAUAAGCAAGCUUGUGGUCUGUUUGUGACACCGAAGUAAGGAAGACUCAAAAAUCUUUCGUCCUUUCACUUUGUGGUGUUUCUGAUAAGAAGACAAAAAAAAUAAAAAAGGGUGUUUGAGUCU